AUAAACUUUUAGUGCAAUAACAUUUUGCCUGUUAUUUAAAAAUUGUGUUUUUGUGUAUAUGUGUGUUUGACUUUUAUAGAAAAAAAUAAAAAUUUGAAAUUUCCAUUUGAAACAAACAAACAAACAAACAAUGAUAAUGUCAACAAUGAUUAUUAGAUUAUUUUUGGUAGCUAGUUUGGCUAUGACAAUAGUCAAAUCAUCAACAUCGAUAAAUUCUUUGCCAUCAACAGCAACAACAACAUCGACAACGAAUUCGAAUCCAGAAUCAAACGAUUUAUUGGCUGAAUAUUUAUUAAAUAAUCUUUUAAGGCAAAAUACACCACCACCAUCAUCAUCAUUAUCAUCAACAUCACCAUUGUUAACAUUAUCAAAUAAAAAUCGAAAUCAAUAUCAGAAAUUAUCAACCGGCCUUUCAAGAUUACCAUUAUCGGGUUUAUUAUUAUCACAACAACAACAACAACAACAAAAUUUUAUUGAUAAACAACAAAAUUUAGAUCAAGAAGAAGAUACAAAUAGAUUGUUAACAGAUUUUUAUACAUCAUUAUUAGAUGUUAAUAUAAAUGAUAAUGGCCAUCAAGAUGUUAGCUGGUUUGAUGGACCUGUAUUACCAAAAGUGACUGCAUUGACCAAUGAUUAUGGUGAUGAUAAUUAUCUUGGUGAUGUUGUUGAUAAUGAUCAAACAGGUUAUGAUCAGGAAAAUUUGAUUCAACCUUCAUUGAUACCAUAUCCAUAUAUGAAUUAUCGACAACAACAACAACAACAACCGAUUGAUAAUUUCGAUGAUACAACAACAACAACAACAACAACAAUAUUCGAUAAUCCAACAUUAAUGAAUAUAUUAUUGGCAAACUAUUUAACAACACAUCAACAACAAAAUGAUUUUGAAAAUCAAGAUUCGAAUCGAAUACCAAUUUUAAGACAAACAAAUGAUGAUGAUGAUAAUGAAUAUGAUGAUGAAAAACCAAUCGAAAAUCUUUAUAAUUAUGAUAAUGAUAAAUUAACAAUGAAAAAUUUAGAAUUAUAUAAACGAAGACAAAAAGUAAUUAAACAUGAUAAUGAUAAUAAUAAUAAUAAGAUUGAAACAACAACAACAAAACCAUUAUCAUCAUCAUCAUCAUUAUCAACAACAAUGAAAACAACAACUGGAACAGGAACAGGAAUGAUAAUGAAAGAAGAAAGAGAGGGUAAAAAAUUUUCACCACACACGAUACCAAAAUCAAAUUUAAAACAUUCAAAAAUGAUGAUGAUAAUGAAUGGCCAAAAAGAAUAUCCAAUGUUACGGCCAUCAUCUGAAAAUAAUAAAAAUAAUAAUGAAAAUAAUAAUGAUCAACCAACAGAAUCGACAGGUAAUAAUAAUAAUGAAUGGCCAUCCGAAUUGGAAGAAAAUACAUUGGCAGAGGAAGAUUCAUUGAAACAAUUACCAAAACAACAACAACGAAUGGUUCGUGAUACAUUAACAUCUCAAUUAGAUUCACUUAAAAUGGAAACAAAACGAAAUAUACAAUCGAAUAAUGAUAUAAUGAUGUCGGCCAAUAUUAAUAAACGUACAAAUCAUGAAUAAAAAAAAAACCUGACGGAAAGUUUAUUUAACCUGACAUGAUAAACAAUAAACAAAUAAAAACAGCAACUAAUCAGAUUUUUUUGUCAAACAAAAUAAUCCAUCAAUCAGAACUGUAUAAAAAAACAAAAUGAAUAUCAAACACCACCAACCACAACAACAAGCAAACACAUAUUUGUCACCAUACACUUUUCAAUCAUUUCCAAUCAUAAUCAUCAUCAUCAUUCCUAUCUGUUGUUCUGAACCAAUCACCACCAAUGAUAAACUGUUGAAUUAACAAAAAAAAAGAAGUCAACGUUUUUGUUUUUGUUAUCCUAUAUUUUUGUCAAAAUACACACCAUACACACACACACACACCUUCAUUAUUAUCAUCGGUUCUUCUGUGAUGGAUUAAGAUUUCAUUUCAUUUCCAAACAAUCCAAAUUCCCCUUUGAUAAACAAAUGGAAUACAACAUAACAAACAAAC